AUGGCUAGAGGUGGUGAUGGUGCUGUUGUGGAAAUUGCGGCCGUGAUGCCGACAUUCGUUUUGGAACCGUUCGAUCGGAAUAAUUCCAAAUGGCUUCGUUGGGUCAAGCGGCUGGAAGGCGCUUUUCUAAUAUACGGUGUGCCGGAGGGAAGAAAGAAACACAUGCUGCUGUUUUACAUGGGAGCACAGACGUAUAACGUUCUUUGUGAUGUUUUGUCUCCUGUUGAACCUGAGACCAAGACAUAUACCGAAAUUGUAAUUACGUUGGGGGAUUAUUUCGACCUUGAGCCACUGGAAAUGGUUGAAUUGUGGAAGUUUCGCUCCAGGCAGCAGAAGGAAGGAGAGUCGAUAACGGAUUUCAUCACGGUGCUACAGAGAGAAUCGAAGCACUGUAAGUUUGAGGAAUACCUAUCAAAAGCACUACGCAAUCAACUGGUGUUUGGGUUGCGCAGCCAACGUAUCAAGUCUCGGCUCAUCGAAGAAAAAGAUCUUACUUUCGAGAAGGCAAAACAAAUCGCGAUUUCCAUGGAGGCGUCUGGCGAAGGAGUUGAAAUGCUGAAUAGAAGAUACCAUGAAGUAAAUUUGACCGACAGUAAGAAACAGCCAUCACAGUUUUAUAAUCGUGGCUCCUCUUCUGUUGGUGUGAAUGUAACUAACACUAAUACUAACAAGUGCUUCAGAUGUGGAAGUGAGACCCACUUGGCCAAUACAUGCGUGCAUAAGAAUACGAUUUGCGGAUUUUGCAAGAAGAAAGGUCAUUUACAGAGAGUGUGUCUUGCUUUCACACAUGAUGCCAAUCGGAAGCCUAAAGAUGUUGCUAAUAAGACUCAGGUGAAGAGAUAUCAGACUCAUAAGUUAACGCAACACCAGCCAGCUCAACAUACGACACUCGAGAUAAACAAAAUACGAGUCAUCACAAUAUCGACCAGCGGUCGAUAA